AUGACAGGAAAAUGCAGAAAUAUCCAAGAGCAUUUGUAUAAGCCUGGAGAAGUAAUCAUUGGUGGCGUUCUUUCUCUAAUACAACCUUUGGAGUAUUCACUCAAUUUUACAGCUGUUCCUGAUAGCAAUCAUGAUGGUGCUGUCGUAAAGUUGAAACGUUAUCAACAUGUCUUUGCCUUGAUUUUUGCCAUCCAUGAAAUCAAUGAUAACCCAGGGCUCCUGCCCAACAUCACACUGGGGUUCAAUAUCUAUGACAACCUAUUUAACUCCAUAAGAACAUACAAGGUCAUCCUGGAUCUACUUUUCAAGCAGAGAAAGAAUAUGCCCAAUUACAAGUGUGACAGAAAAGAUGUAUUGUCUGUUAUUGGGGGAUUCAGUUCAGAACACUCUAUGCAGAUGGCCAUCAUCUUAAGUAACUACAAGUUUCCACAGCUCACUUUUGGUUCAUUUGAGGCUGCAGUAAGUGGGAAAAGUGAUUUCCCUUUUUUGUACUGGAUGGCGCCAAGGGAAACUACAUACCAUAUGGGGAUCAUCCAGCUACUCUGGCAUUUCAAAUGGACAUGGAUUGGCCUGGUUGUAUCUGAUGAUGAUGCUGGGGAAAACUUCGUGCAGAAACUGACUCCUUUGUUUGCCCAGAACAACAUAUGUGUUGCCUUCUUGCAAAAGGGUACAGGAAAUGACCUUGCUCUUAAACAUAACAUUAAAAGAAUUAUAGUGAUGGCACAAACACUUAUUUUAACUCAUGCCAAUGUGAUUAUUCUUGCAAUGGACUCUCUCUUAUUCCAUAUAUUAGUGUUGUCCUUAGAAGGCAUUGAAUUAAAGAAGAAAGUCCUAAUAGGGAAGGUCUGGAUCAUGCCACCUCAGUGGUAUUUCAGUACCUCUCCCAAUGGAGAAUUGAUUGGCAGGGACAUUUUAUUUGGUGCCUUUUCUUUCUCAGUCCACACAAAUGUGGUGUCAGGAUUCCAGGAAUUUCUUCUGAACAUAAAGUUUGAUAAAACACUAAGGACAUUCCUCUGUUUGGUCUGGCAAUUUCUAAUAAAUAAAUGUGAAAGCUGUAGAGGAGUGGAGAAUCUGGAGGAUCUUCAUUCAAAUGUUUUUGAGAUGGAUAUGUCUGGUGAGAGCCACGGUAUCUACAAUGCGGUCUAUGCUGUGGCACAUGCUUUGCAUGCUGCAUAUUUUUCCAGACAAAGAAUAAUGUUGGAUAAAGGCAAAGUGGAACAUGUGAAUUUUCACCCAUGGAAGCUCCAUCCUUUCCUGGAAAACAUCCACUUUAACAAUGGAGCUGCCCAAGAAGUCUUGUUUGAGAACAAAGAAUUGAGCAUUGGAUAUGAUAUCAUCAACUGGGUCACUUUCCCCAAUCAGUCCUACCAAAAAGUCAGGGUUGGAAGAGUUUCAUCAGGUCAAAUGUUCAGCAUUAUCAAUGAUGCCAUUGUGUGGAAUAGAAGAUUAAAGGAGAUACCACCACGGUCUACAUGUGUCAAAAGCUGCCAUACUGGACACAGCAAAAUAGUUCAAGAAGGAAAACCAGCCUGUUGCUAUGACUGCACUCCAUGCUCAGAAAGCAUGAUUUCUAACAAGAAGGAUGCAGCUUAUUGUAUCAAGUGCCCAGAAGAUCACUAUCCAAACGAGAACCAUGACCAGUGUAUCCCUAAGGUUAUAUCUUUCCUAUCUUAUCAAGAGCCCUUGGGUUUUGUUUUGGUUAGUGUUGCUCUUUCCUUUGCUGUGAUCACUUGUUUUGUGUUACAAACAUUCGUGAAGAAUUGGAACACACCCAUUGUUAAAGCCAACAACCAGAACCUCAGCUGUGUUCUUCUCAUUGCCAUCCUGUUGUGCUAUCUUUCUUGUUUGCUCUUCAUUGGCAAACCUGAGAAGGUGUCCUGCCUUCUCCGACAAAUGACUUUUGGUAUCAUUUUCUCUGUGGCAGUUUCUUGCGUGUUGGCAAAAACAAUCCUUGUAGUCCUGGCCUUCUUGGCCACAAAGCCAGGCAAUAGGAUGAGAACAUGGCUGGGCCAAAAAGUGGCUAUUUCCAUUGUUCUUUCCUGCUCCCUCAAACAAGUGUGUUUUUGUAUUGCAUGGUUGUUGACCUCUCCACCAUUCCCAGAUGUUGACAUGUACUCACAGACUGGGAAGAUCAUACUGGAAUGCAAUGAAGGUUCCAUCACCAUGUUCUACUGUGUCUUGGGCUAUAUUGGCUUCCUGGCCCUCUUCAGCUUCAUUGUAGCUUUCUUAGCCAGAAGCUUGCCUGACACCUUCAAUGAAGCCAAGUUUAUCACCUUCAGCAUGUUGGUGUUUUGCAGUGUUUGGAUCUCCUUUAUUCCUGGUUAUCUGAGCACCAAGGGAAAACAUAUUGUGGCUGUGGAGCUUUUUGCCAUCUUGGCCUCCAAUACCGGGCUGUUGGCUUGCAUCUUCUUCCCCAAGUGUUACACCAUUGUUUUCAGGGCUGAUCUCAACACAAAGAACCUGUUAACUGGAAAAAGGAUUGGCUGA